AUGUCACUUGAUUAUACUUUUACUCAACACUCGAGUAUACAUUUUCCAUCAUUUCAAAAAAAUUCUUUAUCAACUCCACCGCAAGUAAUGAUCCGUGAAGAUAUUCCUUUAUUUAAAGAAGAAUGGAUAGAUGACCAAACUCAUUAUUCAAAUACCACUUCUAUACUACCUUCAUCCUCUACCGAAUUUUCUAUUUCUACAAACGAGGAUCCUAAAAUGCUUCAAAUACAUUUAUUAGGUUCUUCAAAUAGCAGUAUGAGUCGUGAUGACCUUACUCCUCAACUUAGUACUGAUGAGUUCUCACGGUCCACUUCCAUGGAUUCUUCUGUCUCAAAUUCUCUUCAUCCUUCUAAAUCCACUCCCCCUCAAUUUAUCUUUAAAAAACCUUCUCAAAGAAAAUCAACUUUAUUUGGUGAAUUGAAAC